UAAGCAACGUUGUGGGUCAAGUUCGCCAUCCCAUGGCGUUGCCCGUUGUAGCUUCCAAAGCACCAGAACAACGGCGACAUGUGACACCAGCCUUGCGAAGGACAGCGUUUCAAGUGGCUUUGGCUCUCACCAGCUACUCGGCCCUCAGUUGUGCCGCAGCAGUCGGUGGACGUUGUGCCGUGGGCUAUCGUUCCACCCAGCUACGCGUGCGUGGGAAGCGAGCGCCGGUGAGUUUGUGGUACCCUGCCCGGGCGCCCCGGGAACACCGUGGCUCUUCCCGCGAGCCGAAGCCCUACCGGCAUUUCAUCAGCGUGGCGAAGAUUGUGGAAGUCCUGCAGGGCACGGAACUGCCAGAGGCCUUGGGAUGGCAGUACCAAUUGGAGGCUGGAGAAGCGGUAUUUCCAGAUGCCCUUCCAAUCCCUGCAGAAUCACAAGAAACAGAACUGCAGCAGCGGCGGGUUGAGCAAGACCUACCUGUAGCAAACUGCGCUGUGAUUUUUGCGCACGGGUAUUUGGGCAGCCGAUUUGACAUGCUGCACCUCUGCGAGAAGUUGGCGCUGCGCGGCUUCGUUUGCGCGUCCGUGGACUUCGCCGAGGGCCUCAGUGGGGCGGUGCCGCGACAGAUCGCCAGGCAGGAGAUCGUGCAGGAGCUGAUCCUUCGGCUGCGCUCCGAGUUUGCUGUGCAGCACCUGGGCAUCGUAGGCCACUCUGCGGGCGGCGGCACGGCCACAGCACUGCCGGGGGAGUUUCGAUGUGGCCGCGUGGCCGUGGCCGGCCUGGCGCCCGGCUACGCCUUGGGCGACCCGCUGCUGGCGGUGGCCUCCGAGGGCGACGGCGUGGUGCGGCUGCCGCGGGUGCUGCAAGCGUUGCCGGGGGACGUGGUGAUGCAGGACCUUGGAACCUUCGACCCGUCGUCCAGCCGCCGCCUGGGGAUGCUGUUGCGCCAGCCGCUGAAGGCACGCGCCGCGGGGCCGCCGUGCCACAUCUCCUUCCUGUCGGAGGAGUCGAAUAAGGCUAUGAUUUCGUUGCUGUCGCCGCUACUGCCAGUGGCGCAGAUGUUGGAUGUGCCCGUGCUGGACUUUGACGCCUACCUGAAGCUACAAGACUCGCAGGACGUGGCCAAAGUGCUACUGCCUGUGAUUGAGGAGUUCUUCAGCUAUCACGCUUCCAGGGCUGAAAAGUGGGCCACGUAG